AUGGCUGCACCACCAAACGAUUUAGCCUCCUUGUCGGAUAUCAUGUACAUAGAUGAAGAUUCUGAUGACACGUCAGAUAUCCAAAGAGCUUGUGCGUCGCAGGCUUCGACAGAUUUAACACUGAAACACUCGUCAGAGGCAGGUAUUGCAGAACUAGUCAAAUGUACUUGUUCCUCAAUUGUGCGAAAUGAACUACAGAAUCUGGAGUCUCAAGAAUCUGUAACUGGAUCACAUGAGUCUUCAUGUGAAGUGUUCAUGAAUGCUGUUGACCGGGUUAGUUCAUCUACCUCCAGUGAUGCAAGAAGCAUGUGUCGUGAAGAUCUGGAAAGGUGUAAAAAUUUCUCGUCUACACCUAAAACUGAUCUGAAUCCCCAGACACCUGAUUUAGUUUUAAACACAGAAAGUCAAAAUGCCCCACCUGUAACUGAUUAUAAGGGCGAUAAGCUGGAAUCAGAUGUAGAAGAAAAACCGCCCAAAUCUGAAACACCAAAGCUAAUUGAUUCAUGUGAUGAAGAUAAAACUAUACCAGAUAAUCCUGACAAACAGCAAACCCUAAAACAAGCCAAAAGCACUGGUAAAAACGUAAAGAUUGAAGCAGUGGAGGAAAGGAAAACGCAGCAGGGUAUACAGUUCAGUGAGCCACCAAAAAAUCAUGCAACACUGGCAGAAGUAGGCAAAUGUGACACGGCACCGUCGGCCUUAGCAUCAGUUGUCUCUGACAUGACAGCGGACACCAGUAACCCUGAUAACCUGCCUCAGAACUGCUCUGUCGCUUACACCUGCACUGAAUCAGAGCUGGAGGAUUUGUCGAAAUCCAAGUACCAGGGACUCUCGGGGCACUUGAUGGAUUAUUACCUGACCAUGGUGUUUCCAGGACAACCGGGUAACCAAGGCAACACAGAAAAUGGCACCUGUGGUCCCAUAGAACCAAUAUUCCAAAUCGGAGAGGAACUUAUUCAGAAAACACCCAUCACUAAAACUGCCCUGGAGGAUGAGUUUGACUCAGGCGAUCGUAAAAUCAUCUUGGGAAUUUGUGCUAUGGAGAAGAAAUCCCGUUCCAAACCAAUGCUGGCAAUCCUGGAACGCUUGGCCUGGUUUGAGUAUAUUGAGACGUUGAUCUUUGAUGAAAACACGAUCCUCCACGAGCCGGUUGAACGUUGGCCGAUCUGUGAUGUUUUUGUAUCUUUCCACUCCAGGGGCUUUCCCCUCAGCAAAGCAAUUCAGUAUGUGAACUGUCGCAAACCUAUUGUGGUGAAUGACCUGGAUCUACAGUACACUCUACAGGACAGGAGAGCUGUACAUAGGAUCUUGGAGCAGGAGAAUAUACCUCAUCCACGCUACAUGGUGGUGGACAGGGAUACAUCCCAGGUCAGAGUUUUGGACAGUAAAACAGAGCUGCCACUCAGUAACGGCAGCUCAUUCAUUGAGAUGGAGGAUUCUGUGGAAAUGGAUGGGAUGGUGUUUCAGAAGCCUUUUGUAGAGAAGCCUGUGUCAGCUGAGGAUCAUAAUGUGUACAUCUACUUCCCCACAGCCGCGGGAGGGGGAUCUCAGAGGCUCUUUAGAAAGGUGGGCUCCCGCAGCAGCAUUUACUCCAAUUAUACACGUGUGAGGAAGACAGGAUCUUACAUUUACGAGGAUUUCAUGCCCACAGACGGAACAGAUGUUAAGGUGUACACAGUAGGACCUGAUUACGCCCAUGCAGAAGCACGUAAAUCUCCUGCUCUGGAUGGAAAAGUAGAGCGUGACCAGAAUGAAGAAGUUCGGUAUCCAGUGAUUCUGAGUGCCAACGAGAAGAUGAUCGCUCGUAAAGUCACGCUGGCGUUAAGGUUUCAAACUGUUUGUGGGUUUGACCUGCUGAGAGCUAAUGGAGAGUCGCUUGUCUGUGAUGUUAAUGGCUUCAGCUUUGUGAAGACGUCCAGCAAAUAUUACGAUGACUGUGCCAAAGUCUUGGGGACAAUGAUAAUGCGUGCCUUAGCCCCCCAGCUACACAUCCCCUGGGUGUUAGGCUCCGCACCAGAGGACAUCCCUGUUGUACCUACCACAUCAGGCACCAUGAUGGAGCUGAGGUGCGUCACUGCGGUGAUUCGUCAUGGAGACAGAACUCCCAAACAGAAGAUGAAGAUGGAGGUAAAACAGAAGAGAUUCUUUGAGCUGUUUGAGAAAUAUGAUGGUUACAAGACGGGCCAGCUUAAGCUGAAGCAGCCCAAACACUUACAGGAGGUUCUGGACAUUGUCCGCUACCUUCUCCAGGAACACCAGGUGCGACCUGACCCAGAGAUUGAAGAGAAGAAGGCCAAACUGGAACAGCUCAAACUCGUCCUCGAAAUGUAUGGUUACUUCUCCGGGAUUAAUCGUAAAGUUCAGCUCAAGUACCAGCCAAAUGGCCGUCCUAAGAGAUCCUCCAGCGAAGAUGACGACUCGCCCAGAGAGCCUUCACUGUUGUUGAUUGUGAAAUGGGGAGGGGAGCUAACUCCUGCUGGGAAAAUUCAAGCUGAGCAGUUGGGCAAAGCAUUUCGCUCUCUGUAUCCAGGUGGACAGGGUGAGUAUGGUGCCCCUGGACUGGGAAUUCUGCGCUUACACAGCACUUAUCGCCACGACCUCAAGAUUUACGCCUCGGAUGAGGGACGAGUGCAGAUGACAGCAGCUGCAUUUGCGAAGGGCUUGCUGGCAUUAGAGGGAGAGUUACCUCCCAUUCUUGUGCAAAUGGUGAAAUGUGCGAACACUAAUGGACUACUGGACAGCGAAGGGGAGACAACCAAGUAUCAGCAUGUUGUGAAGGAGAAACUAAGGGACAUCCUGAACCAGGACCGAGAUUUCACAGAGCUGGACUAUGCCAAGGUAGUAUCUCAGUCCUCUUCAUCCCUGAUCAAGGCCAUCCGCUUUAUCCGAAAUCCAUUCCAAAUGUGCGAGAAAGUCCACGAAAUGGUUCGUGAGAUCACCACCAAGGUCCGCAGGCUCAAAGUUGAGCUCAAAAGUGAAGAGAAGAAACUCUACCAUGGUGAGACAUGGGACUUAAUGCUGAGACGCUGGGCCAAGCUAGAGAAGGAUUUCAAGAUGAAGAAUGGUUACUUUGAUAUCAACAAGAUCCCCGACAUCUACGACUGCAUCAAGUACGACCUUCAGCACAACCAGAAGAUCCUGCAGUUUGACAAGGCUGAAAAGCUGUACGCCUGCUCCAAAGCUCUGGCAGACAUUGUCAUUCCACAGGAAUAUGGUAUCACAAAGGAAGAGAAGCUGCACAUUUCACAGAGUUACUGUUCUCCACUGUUGAGAAAAAUCAGAAGUGACUUGGACCAGGUUGUCUCCCAGGAUCAUGAAGAUGACAUCACCAGGCUGGACUCACGAUACUCUAAAGGUGUGGCCACCCCACAUAGAUUUGUUCGCACACGGUUGUACUUCACCAGUGAGAGUCACAUCCACUCCAUGUUGACCAUGCUCAGAUACGGAGGCCUUAUAGAUGAGAUGAAGGAUGAACAGUGGAAACGUGCCAUGGAAUAUAUCAGUGACACGGCUGAGCUCAACUACAUGACACAGAUUGUCAUCAUGAUGUAUGAGGACCCCAAUAAGGAGUACACCUCAGCGGAACGUUUCCAUGUGGAGCUACAUUUCAGUCCUGGAGCCUAUACCUGUGAUCACACUGCCCCCAAAGAUACCCACGUCACCAAGAGCAUGACUAACACGCCCCUGUCCCAUGUACAGGAGAGGACCAAACCGGGCGGGGCACUCAGACAUCACCAUGCCAAGCUGUUUGGUGGACCCAUUGUAGCUGUGUCACUGGACCCAGAUAAAGCCAAUAUUUUUGAUGCCAUCCACGAGGAACAAGAGAAGGUCCCACAGCCCAAGUCCCCAGAUCCCAACAUCCCAGAAUGGGACUGGGGUGAAGGUGAGGAGGACGUAGAGGUCAAGGUCAAUCUGGAGGACCGGUCAGAGGGCAAGGACAUUCAAGAGGAAGGUCAAGGAUCACGCAGUGUCACACCCCAACCAAUGGAGGAGGGGUUGAGCCAGGACGACCAGACCUCCAGCUCCACAGUGUGCAGUAGUCAUGGCAGUAAGGAGGGAAGCUGGGGCCAGGGGCUGGACUCUGAGCCAGGGACCUCCUCCCCCAAGCAGGAGAGGGGCAUGCACAGCAGGACACCCACACAACCCAUCAGUAUCGCCAGAGACAAGCCCAUCAUUCAGAUCUCAGACUCAGAUGAGUCCCGGCCACAGAGUUUAGAAGAAAAAAGAAGUCAAAGUUUUGAAGAGAAAUCUGAAGGACCAGAAGAUGUUCAGCCAGAGAGUCGUCCGCGACUUUUAUCUUUGCCACCUUCACCAAACAAACUGAAAGAGUUUCACUCGAACAGAUGUCAGCGUUCGUCUUCGCUGCUUGAAGUGCCAACGUCGUUGCCGAUGGUGGAGCGUCAUUAUCUAACAGUACAGCUCCCUCUGGUGGACCCGAAGCAGAAGCAUCGUCAUUCAUUUGCCAACAUUUUCACAGUGCCAGACUUCAUUGGUACAGGAGAGACAUUUAGAGGUCUGUUUGGAAACCGUGUGCUUUUGGGCUCCAAUAGUGCCCCUAACCUGGAAUCCUUAAAUCCCUCCAAGAACGACGAGGCUUUUACCAAGCUGCACGUACCCUCUAUUCAACCCUUGGAAACCUUAUACAACUCUCUUACCCUUCGACAACUUGACAACUUCCUCGAGAGAAUCACCACAGUGAAGUUCAUGACACCUGCGUCCACACCCCCGUCCCACCUCAUGUCACCGCACGAGGGAGGGUCGCCCCAUGGGGAUGCACUGCCAACAGCCUCCAGCCUUUCCUCCUCUGCUAAGUCGAGUCCCGGAUUCACUUCUCCCAUGACAACGGAAGACGUUAUGAUGAAACUUCGGAUCUAUAUGAUGGAGAAGCAGUUUGCCGCCGAGACCUCUACCUACCAUCAACCGAAUCGUGAAGCUAUUUCCCAGCCUUACAUCCCACCCGGUCAUGAGCGUCAACCCCAUCAUCUUCUCCACAAACCCAAUCCUCAUGCCCGAAAACAAGACCAAUCACACAUACACUGCAACAUACCUGACUAUAGCCUCCCCGGCAGCGGCCCAGGCAGGAAGCAGUUCCUGGGACAUGCACCGUUCCUUGAACAAACAACCACCGCAACCCCUAGCCAAACACAGAAUUCAGCACCAGAUAGUGUUCCUACGGGUGGUUAUAGUCAAACUUCCGAACAGUUGUCCAGUUACUGGCCUGAUAGUGAUAUAUCCUACAGCUUUAAGUCCCAGGAAGUCAAGGACGGCCAAUGUCCGACAGAACUUGGCCCGGGACAAGCUUUAUUUCAACUAAGACAACAGCAAAGCCAAGAGGGCAGUCACUUUACCGAACGUCAUUGUGUUGAACGGAACCAAAUGUCUUCUGAAAGUUACCCACCGACUUUAGAUCAAAGUCAGUCGGAGGGUCAAGGUCAAAUCUUAAGUCAAGGUCUAUGUCAUGACAAAGGGAAAGGCUUAUCGCAGAGUGAAAGGGCGCUGUCCAACAAGUAGAGAAUGACUGUGUUGUCCGUCGUGCAGGAUGACACGGUACAAGUGUCAACUUCACCAUACAUUGGGGGUCCUGUUUACAGAUUGUGUGGCAUAAGCAGAAAAGAUUUUAGUUCGAUGUAAAAACCUUCAGAUAAUAUAAAGUAUUCACAACAGUCAGAGUGUAGUCUUCUUAUAGCCAGCUGUCUAAAAGCAAUAUUGUAUUUGGUCAGUAAAUUGUUAUUCUUUAUAAUAAAUGUUGUUUUUGGGUGGAAAAUAAAGAAGGUUGACGUACUUGGUUUGGAAAUAUGUUCAUAAGUUGGGUAUUUAUAUGUACUUGUACGUUUUCAGACGUCCUCUGAAGCGACGCCUUUGUCGGAAGACAUUCUAGGCCCUGUCAAGAAAAAUUUCCGUCAACAUAUUCAACACCCAAGCCAGGUUUCAGACUGGGUUGCUGUCUGCAAGAAAAAAAAAAGUUUUACAAGUGUUAACUUUUUAGAAUACAAAAUAAUACAAAUUGAAUUAAGCGGGGUUCAGUUUGCAUUGAAUUCCUCUACCUACAUGUGCAUAAAGGUCUGGAUGAUUGGCCGGCAAAGUUGUGGCCAAUGCCUAUUUGAAUCAAAAAUCCACAUUUGGUUUGCACGUUCUUGUGCAUGACGUAAACAGCAGUGAAGACAAUGGAAUGCGUAGUACAUAGUGAUAUCAUUUUUUUUUUCUGCUGGGUGUGUUCUAUAUUUGGGACAUUUAUUGCAGACCAUAACAAUAUCAUUUUUCGGUAUUAAAAAUUUUGUGUGUAUGUGUUUUUUGUCAACGUUGUCGAAUGUCAGAAGUAGACGUCACUCCCAAUUAUUCCAGAACGUAUUUUACAAUGGAAAAUGCUUAUGUUUCUCGUAACCCUGAUAAGUUGGUUUAUGGCAGUUAUUUAAGCAUGUCUAAGUUUAAUAUCAGGUUUUUUUUUAGGGUGUGUAUUAUUUGUUCUAACAUUUUCUUCCAUAUUUCAUUGGUUACCUUGUUAUGACGUUGUUCUCUUGUUAUGAUAUUUUCAACCUUAAAUCAUUGUUGUCUUUGUCAAGAAUUUUUUUUUGUCAUGACAUUGUUUUCCUUAUGUAAUUGUUUUCCUUAUGUCAUUGUUUUCCGUGUAAUGACGUUGUGUUCUUUGUCAUGACAUUGUUUUCUUUGCAUGACAUUGUUUUUAUAAGCAGAUUUGGUUCUUAUUUAUGUGUCUAUGAGAGGACAGAACCGAAGAAAACAAGAAGCCGAUCUCAGCAGUACGAACUGGAAUAUGUACAAAUACAGGAAUCAAAUAACAUAUCUUCUGCAUUUUGCCGUCAUUUUCGCACCUUUGGGUUUUCAUUUGGAAUGAAUUUAUAAGAUAAAAAUAUAAACAUAGGCCUAUUCAUCAAAAAGCUAGAUGGCAUCAAAACACGAUAGUCCCUACCACAAUGACGAGCAGAAUUUUUGUCUUCCAGGUGUUGUUGUAAGUGUUUUGUAGAGGUACAUCCGAGUUGGUUAAAAUUGUAAAGACAAUUUUACUUAUCACCGGAAAUACACGUGCAUGAUCCAAUUUAAGAGUAAAUUCAGAAACAGUAAAUGUUUCAUUAUAUUUAUUCUGAUUUAAAAGCGUCUCGCUCCCAUUUCCCUGUUAAUAUUGUAAUGCUUAGAUCAUCUUAACUAUAGGCAUAUUUUCUACUUGUCUUUGAAAAGAAGAUUGCAGUUUACAAAAAUUGCCUAUUCCUAACCGUACCAAAAUCUCUACAUUAGCUCGAUCUGGUCAUAUGCAUAUGAUAUAAAGAUGCAUUCUUUUUUAUUAUUAUUAUUAUUUCUGAGGGAAAACUGUUACAUGACCUAACUGCAAAAAAGAGUAGAUGAUUGUUUACAAGACAUAGCCUUGUACUGUUGGUAUAAACACAAAUGCCUGAAAUUGUUUCGUGUGCUUUUGUUACAUUUGCUUUAGCAUUUAUUACAAAAUAGUGGGUUUGUCAGAAGUAGUACCUCAUGUCCACGAGACUUGCCCUGUUUCUUAAGGAGAGAAAAUGCUGCUAACGCUGAUUUUUGUCUUUUCAUGAUCAUUAUGGACUUCCAGUGUUUGGAAAGCAUGCAUGUGUGGGUAACAAUUAUAUGAUGUGCGCCAAUAACCACUAUGUCGUUAAGUAUUUUAAGAGUUCGGGACGAGAUCUCUUGUUGACUUAUUCACCUAAGGGUAAUUCUGGUACGCUGCCGAUUGGCCUCUAGACAAUGAGGUCGCACGCUCGAACCAGCUCUCAUUCGUUCGCUUAUCAAAGUUUACCAUAUACAUGACACAAGUCUACUCUGGAUUUCCUCCAGCCACAAAUCUGACUGCCGUCAUGAAAAGAAAUGAAAUUGUCUUGAUUAGGUGGUAAAUGAGUCAAUAAAUAAAUGUAUACUCUUAGGAGAGAGAUAAUGUUUUGGCGUAUUAACUCUUAGAUAACAAAUUUACCAAGCGGUUAAAUAUAUAAUCAGUGUCGCUCGCACCGAAAGAUCACUUU